AUGAGGAACUCCCAACCAGAAAAGAAACCAAGGAGUAAUGUGGGAGACGACCACGAAUUGGCGCCGUACAAACCUCUUUGUCCACGUUGUCAGCGUUACCAUUUCGGAGAGUGCAAAUCUGGUGAGAACGUAUGCUUCCGAUGUCACAAAGAAGGACACAUGGCGAUGAACUGCCCAGAAGCACGGAGUACGAAUGUCCCGAACAACAACAACGUCCCGACUUGGCGGAAUAAGAACAAUAACUGUGGAAGAAAUCACGGCAACAACAACAACAAUAUGGGAAGGAACCAGAACUACAACAACAAUGGUACCCGCAAGGGAGAGGCACGAGUUUAUGCCAUGAACCAGGAAGAGAUGGAUGGAGAGGCUCAAAUUAUGUCGGGUAUCUUACCCGUUCUGGACAAGUUUGCUAUAGUACUCUUUGAUUCCAGUACUUCGCAUUCGUUUAUCGCAAGGAGGUUUUACGAAAAGCUGAUACAACCCUUGAAGGUUGAUGCGGUUGCUGAGGCAAUACUCCUCUCAGUGCUUGUGCAAGCACGUGGGCCAGCGUAUUAA